AUGGGCACGGUGCUGUCCCUCUCCCCCCCCGCCGCCUCGGGCAAGGGCGGCGGCGGCGGCGGGGGGCCCCUGGCGCAGGAGGCUGCCCCGGCCAGGGCGCACGGGAAAGGCGAGAGCCGGCUGAAGCGGCCCGGGGUGCUGAUCUCCGCCCUCACCUGGAAGCGCCUGGUGGCCGCCUCGGCCAAGAAGAAGAAGAGCGCCAAGAAGGUGACCCCCAAGCCGGGCAGCGGGGGGGCCCGGCCCGACCCGCUGGUGCAGCAGCGCAACCGCGAGAACCUGCGCAAGUCCCUGGGGGCGCAGCAGGAGGCGGGCGCGCCCGGCACCAAGCAGGGGCCCCUGGCCGUGCCGGUGCCCACGGUGCCCUCCGCCCCGCCGGAGCUGCAGUCGGGCGGGGGCAAGCCGCCGCCGCCCCCUCCUCCGCCGCCGCCCCCGCCGCCCGGCAGCCGCGCCCCGGGCUCCCCCCGCCGGGUCAUCGUCCAGGCCUCCACCGGGGAGCUGCUGCGCUGCCUGGGGGACUUCGUGUGCCGCCGCUGCUACCGCCUGAAGGAGCUGAGCCCCGGCGAGCUCAUCGCCUGGUUCCGCAGCGUGGACCGGGCGCUGCUGCUGCAGGGCUGGCAGGACCAGGGCUUCAUCACCCCGGCCAACCUGGUCUUCGUCUACCUGCUGUGCCGCGAGGCGCUGCGGGGCGAGGAGAUCGGCAGCCAGGGCGAGCUGCAGGCCGCCUUCCUCACCUGCCUCUACCUGGCCUACUCCUACAUGGGCAACGAGAUCUCCUACCCGCUCAAGCCCUUCCUGGUGGAGGGCGACAAGGAGCGGUUCUGGGAGCGCUGCCUGGCCCUCAUCCAGCGCCUCAGCGCCAAGAUGCUGCAGAUCAACUCGGACCCGCAUUACUUCACCCAGGUCUUCCAGGACCUCAAGAGCGAGGGGGAGACCGGCGGCAGGAGGGACUCCGGCGCCAAGCACUGGACUAUCAGCCUGGACCGCUAG